AUGCCAGAGGACUCCUCAAUGGAGGUGCCCGUCAACCUGGCAGUCGACUGUGUCGUUCGCAAUGCUAUGGAGAAGCUCGUAGAGAAGCAAGCGGACCUGAGGAACAAGUCGUUCCAGAGGAAGAAGGAGCUGGCCAAGUACUUCGAGGAGACUAGACGGCAGCUGAUCUCUCUCCUCGCACUUGUGAGAUGGCAGAAGAAGCGCCUCAAGGUCACCAAACAGUGCGACGACUUGAUCGAGAACUUGAGGUUGCACCACUGGCACAUGCACACCACGUCAGAGCGGUUGUGCAUUGCGUCGGAAGAGCUAGCAUACCAGCACAGGACGCCCAUGUAUGACAUGAGGACAGCGGUCGACGUGCUUGCCAGCGGCACCUACAACGGGCUGCCUGACAUGGAGAUGCAGAAGAUCAUCACGCCCAAGGUGACCGACGCUGAGAAGGAGCAGGUGAUCAAACGGCUGGACUUCCUCAUCCGGACCGAGCUGUUGAACAUGAAGAUCCCUGCGGAUCUUUCCAAGGUCGAGGUGAAAGACGGGCGUCUGACUCUCCAGGCAGACGACGAGUUCGAGCUCGUGCUGUCUCUGCGCCUCGAUCAGUCGCCCCACCCCUUCAAAGUCGACAAGGUACAACUCCUCGUCAAGGCUCAAGGCGGCCCCCUGCCCGCGUGCGAUGGCCUUGUGCCGUUGAUUGAGAACCGGAUGAUGCACAACCAAGAGCCUCUGGUAGAGGCCGUGACGAUCCUUGGAGACUGCGCUCGUUUCCGGACUUGGCAAAUUCUUAACUCCCAGGCGCAGGGGCCGCUCUUCUCCCCCAAGGUCGAUGUGGAGACGAGCACCAACGGGAAUUCUUUCACCGUGUACUACUGGCAAGAUUCUCAAGCUCCCGUGUCCUUCGAGUCUCUGAUGACGUCAGCCGUGCGGAAGAAUACUGUGGAGACCAAAGCAAAUGUCUCAGCGGAUUCGAGGAUCAAGAUCAAGAACCCGUGUAUCAUAUUCAUGUCUACUAAAGAAGGUCAUAGCCGGGUGCAGAUCAAACAUUCGCCUCCUCUUGUGGACGAGGACGGCAAAAUCGUGGAGAUUCACGUGAACAGAUCGUCUCUCAGCUUGGAGAGUGUGAUCCAGGAUGUGCUCAAACUGCACAGCAGCUGCAGGCUGCGGUUGCUCCACAAAAGGUUGUCAGAGUACGAAUGCCUGCUCCGAGACUGCGACAUUGCUGUCACCAUGACACCGACAGGGAACGAGCUCGUCGUGCACGUGGAAGGGAAGCCGAGGGUGAGCAUCGUCAGUGACUACAAGAGCGGUGAGUUGGAAGCAAGGGACCUACUCUUAACGGACUCAGCGCCAACUUAUGAGAAGCUUCAGACUGGUCUACAUCGAGCCCUUCUUCGUACGGGUGACGACAGCGUUGCACAAGUGCUCAUAGCAUGGCGCUCCUACGACAUCCUCAACAUCGUGACUGGACUUGCUCCCUCGUUCGGAUUGAAACCAGCUUUCAAACUCCUCACCUACUCCCACUCACAGUCCAUCCAGCUUAACGACCUUGUUAACGAGAAAAAGCCCGGAAUCUUCUUGCAGCUUCCUGGUUGCUCAAUCCUGGAUUCAGGCUACAAGGAUCCAUCGAAGCCUCUGCCAAAACCUUCCUCGCAAGACGUGUGGGCGCUGAUGGUGCAGUACGACGCGUAUGAAGGAAAGUUCCACUUCUCCCUGCUCAUCUUGUCAGUUUCUAAGGGAGCCAAACCUGUCAUCGAGAAGCUGGACGUUGACAAGAUCCCCCUCCAAUCAUGGCCGCCGGCCUCUUCCCAGAAUCAAGAACCUCGGACCAAGAAGAGGAAAGUCACCGGGCCGAUCGAAACGUCUUCUGUAGAGAAGAUCGCAAGGAUUCAGCUGGCAAAGGUGUCAGAGAUCGUUAGCAAGCGCAUCCGUUUCAUGCAGCUCGAGAAGCAACUGGACAUGCAGAGGAUCAAAUGGCGAAGUGUGGGUGACGUCAUCCUGUUGCACCUACACGCCUCGCUGCUGCAAUCCAGGGAGCUGCGCCUGUACCUCGAGCCCAAGUCCGCUUCCUUCGUUGCUGGUGGGUGUUCCGGGUGGAAGGCGGAGAUGACGAUCACGACAUCGUAUCAUGAGCACUACAAGCAUCCCAGCGAGAUACUCCCGACCAUCAAGAGGGUGGGAUUCUUGGAGGAAGUGGUGGAGGAGGGCGGCAGCAACACUCUGACGUUGAAUUUCCCCAACAUCCAUUGUGAGAGCAUUCGCAUGCUCCAGCAGAUCGUUCAGGGUCUGUCGCACAUCGCUCGGCUGGCCCAUCGCAUCAUGGAGAUCUUCGACCCAGCUCACUCUGAGGAGUACAAGGACCUUCAGGGCACUCUGGCUAUCGAGGCGAUGGGUCACACCUGCAUCGUCCUGCGCAUGAUCGAGAGCAGGCAGCUGAUCAGCAUCAGGUAUCGCCUACGAGGAGGGUUUGCGGUCUCGAUCGGGAACGAGGUGCAUCCGCUGACCGGGAACGCGGAGAUCGCUCUGGACUCUGAGCAAGAUAUCGUAGACAUCUUGACGUCCAUCGUCAGCAUGCAGGUGCUACUUGACAUCGUCAAAGAGCUGCCGACCAAUCCUGGGGACGUCACCUUGUUCAGCCACCAUCUUGACGGCCUCUGCGUCAUCUUUCGCGGCAUGUUCGGCUUCUACAUCCGGUACACGGACAUCUACUCCAUCUCCGACGCCACUGUCUGCACUCCAAGAUUCGCAUCAAAGGGCAUGGUGGAGCAGGACGAGUGGAGCUACAAGUUCCCUCCUACCAGCUUCUCCUCCUUCAUGGACACAAUCUGGCCCAUCCCCGACUGGCAGAACGUCAUCAGCUUCAUCGUCGAUCACAUCACAGCGCUUGACUACAACUCUCUGCUUGCAGAGGGUCAGAAUGUACUGGUGCCGGAGAGAGAGCAGGGCUACCUGCCCCCCAUCCCUCACUUCACCGGCAAGUCGAGCUCACUCGUCUGCAGUAGAGCGCAUGUCCAGAAGACAAUAGAACUUGCGUACCAGCACAUCGUGGUUUCCUUCAUGCACAUCUAUGGUAACUGGCUCAUUUCCAAGGUGAACACCUCAACUACCAACCGCAUUGCUCCUGCCCCUCCUGCUCAAUCUGCCCCUCCUGCCCCUCCUGCCCCUCCUGCCCAUCCUGCCUCUGCCCCAUCGACAUUCAUCGUAAGAGGUCGCCAUAUCUUCUCUCUGGAGCUGACUCAAAAGGGCAUGCCGCAAUGGAACGGAGUGGAGAAGCUGCGGCUCAAGGUGGAGAACGCGGGAGCUGCCGCGGAGAAGACCAAAGAAACGUUAACGGAUGCGGAUGUGAAGACGAUCGAGAGCAUCUUCGAGGAGGCCAUCAACGAAAGCUGCUCGAUGAACCGACUUCGUUCCUUCCUGAAUCUCCUCUCCUUCCCUGUCGCCGUCAUCCACAGCUUCUGCGAGAUCUGGCGAGAAAUCUCCAUCAUGUACAAGCAAGUCGCUGAGGUCGCACUUGCCCCCGUCUUCCUCGUCGACACGGCAGAGACCAAGGAGAAGGUUGCGGCAGGUAUCCGCAAGGGAGCCCUCACUCCCUCUCCUCGCUCCGACUCCGUCAGCUGCAUCCUCCACGAUAACACCAAGGACGAGGCCACGUUCGUUCUGCGGUUGUGGAUGAACGAGACUCCAGCUGUUGAGGUGCAGCUCAUCUACGCCUACACCCAGUCGAAAAUGUUUUCGGGGACCAUCACGGUGCUGCCGGUGGGGAGCAGCAGGGAGGCGUCGGCCACCGAGAUGGCAGAGACGAUCUUGAAGCUGACGGCCAACCCGACGCCGGUUCCAGCUGGGCAGCUCUGGUCGUCGGUCAAGAACAUCCUCGGGCAGUUCCAGGCUCCUCCUCCUCCCGCGCCUGCGAUCUAG